CUAAAGGUCGCCAUUUAACAUUAAGACGAGAAUUGGGCUGUAAGUCUGAACGUUUAUAUAGCUAAAGUGAAGAAUAAAUCUAGUUAUUAAAAGAUAGAUUUUACAGCGCUUGACUAGUGUUAGCAGAACCAGCUGAAAGAUGCUACUUCCAACGUCAGUUCAUGGUGUGGAAUUUAUUGUUACAUUCUUGUUUUUCUGUGGAGUCGUCUCCUCCUCGGUUGUGCAAGAAAAAUGCAACGACCUCAAACCUGUUGUUUGUCCAACCUACGGGAUGUGCUGCACAGCCGACCAGUUUUGUUCAGAGAAUAGUGGGACAUGCGAGAGUUGUUUUCCUGAGGCCUUCACGAAAAGAGAAGAAAGACUCAAGUUCUGUAGUGACCUGGAGAGGAAGAGAACCAACAGCAGCAUGCGUCACUACACUUGUAAAGCUGCUUGUGUUACCUUGUUUAAUAUGACAGAAAUAAUGAGUUAUGUCGAUAAACCCCCGGAGAAAACUGCCAAAGAAUUAAUAGCUGAUCACAACAGCUCCAUGCACGAACACUUGGAGGGCAGUGUUGUCAAAAGAAUAGAUGAUAAUCGACGUAGGGUUUCUAGCCUAGAGAAUGAGGUCAGCAAUCUAAAACUUGCAGAUGAUAAUCAACGUAGUGUUACUAGCCUAGAGGAUGAGGUUAGCAGUCUAAAACUUGCAGCUAUCCUUAUACUGGUACUUACGUUAAUAGCAAUAGUAAUUGGAGUGGCCUUUUACGGAUUUUGGAGACGCAGGGUGAGCAAGAUGAAGAAACAAACAGAUGUGAGAGAAAGAAAAAAGUUGCUAGACGAUGACGUAGAGAAAAAAUUAAACAAAGCAUUUGAUUGAGCGAAGACACGAGUUUAUUCAGCAGAACGUGGUUAACUCGUGAAACAAAAUUUAAUGAAGAUGUACAGCGGCUUACUACACAACUUGAUAGCCAAGAAAAACAAUUACAAGACACAAAAGAAAUAUUUACGAAAAACAAUGAUGAAUCAAAAGCAGAAUUGGGGCGUAUAAAUGCUUUACUUCAAGAACUAGAAUCCACAAUUAAUGAAAAAGAAAAGCAGCUGAAUGUUGACGUAGAGAAAAAGCUGGUCGAAGCGUUUAAUCUGGAAAACGAAGACAGUUUAUUUUACAAACAAUGGUUACCUUUACAAGAAAAAUUAAAUAGAGCAAUAGAUGCUUGUAAUACACGAGUUGAAAACCAAGAAAAUCUAUUGCAAAAUACAGAAGAAAAAAUUAAAACGAAAACUGAAGAAUUAAAAACAGAAGUGGAGAGGAGGAGUGAUAUUUCACAACAGAGUCUGCAAUCCCAAUUUGAUGAGCUUCAAAAGUCUGUGACUAAAGAAUGUGCAAAGUUGACAGAUAACGACCUAAGAACAAAGAUAGAUGACAUUCACACACAAAUGAAGUAUUUUAUGAGGAGGAUUGAUGACCAGGAGAAGUUAUUCCUCGCAGAAAACAAUCAGAGAGAAAUAGGAAAGUCUGUGUCAUCACAGCAUACAAAACACCAAAGAUCUUCCAGUCCAAUUGUUGAAGUAGAUAGCAUGUCAUUAAGAGGAGGUAGCUACGACGUAGAAGUUUCCAAUGGCAAAUGACCAUUUUACGUUAUCCAGAUAAAAAAAUUGAGAUUAAUUGUUAAACUUGUUGUGUGGUUUUCUGACAAUGUUAUUUAAUUAAUAACAUCUUAUAAAUACAGUUUUAAAUAUCAUAGUGUGUCUGCGACAACUUUUAUAUUUAACAACUUUCAUAAUUUAUUUUUCGCAAAAUGCCAAUUUGUGCCUUGUAUAUUUGAAAAAAAAUUAUGUCUGUAAGUCUCCUAUAAAUAGAAAAAAAAAGCCUCAUGUUCGAACCCACGGCAGAUAAGGCUCGAUAGCAGGGAACAACAACUCCUCUAGGGGAGACAACUCCAAAAUCAAACAACUGCUGCUUUGUAGUUCAUUCUUGGUUGGACAAAGGCUAUUGAAGUAAAUCCAAAAAGAAAAGCAGGCUGGCGUCGGUGUCAACGGCCUAUAUGGCACAUAACAAAUUGACAAGUAUACUUAAUUUUGUUGGAGGGAAUCUCUUCCAUCAUUACACAUUUAGAAGAAUAAAAAAAAAUUGUACAUAUUUUUAAAAAUUUAUUAUUUGCCAAAAUACUUAAACAAAUCUAAUUCUAUAAUGUUUUUAGCACAUGAAUUAAAUUAUUUCAUUAAAUUCUAUGAUACAUUUAGUACAAACAGAAAACAAUUGACACAUGUGAAUUAAUAUUAACGAAUAUAGAGAUUCUUUGUGCAUCAUUUUUAA